AUGGAUGACGUGUCAAAGGCGUUGGCAAUGAGCCAGACGAUGAUGGAGAAAAUGCAAAAGUUGGAGAUUUCAAAGAACUAUGACGUCGAGAAAUUCGAAACUCUUUUGAGACUUCCAGCAAGAGAAGUCAACUCAUUUAUGGAGAAAGAAGCAAAGAAAACAGAUGACGAGAAAAUGACAGAUAAUGACAAAAGAGUGAAGAAAAUAAGAGAGGAAAAGACGGAUCGGGCAGCCAGAACUCUUCAGAAAUAUUUCCGAAAGAUUCGAACCAACGGCGAGAAGGAAAUCAUCAAAAAUCGUGUAAUGAAAAUCUCGGCGAAAAAAAGAAUUCUACUUCUCGAUCAAAUCCGUCAAAAAAUGGGAGAACAGCAACCAAUUCGGAGAUUUGGAGCAUAUCAAGUCAUUCGAGCAGUCGAAUUGCACAAGGGAAAACAAAAGUUUCAAACGGAGUGGCUGGCUAAAAUGGCUGUAGACAUGAAUUUCCAUGAUAAGAAUCUCUCUAGACCAAAUUCUCCAACUCAUUUCCUAGCCAGCUCAAUUCCAGCUCUGAUUCGCAAGAAGGCAGAGAUAAAGCAUUCGGAGAAAAUGCAGGAAAUCGACAACUCGAUAAUGGAUAUCUACUGUGGAUUCCAAAAAGAUAAUCUUCAUUAA